UCACCACAAGAUAAAACCAGCUCCAUUAACAUUCUUGCCGAAGAGCAACAUGAUCUCACUGGACCAUCUGGUACUCCUGACAUGUGCAGUUUUGGCUCUCUAUUUCAUCGUAAAGAGGAGGAGAGUUGCAAUUUACCUCCUCGACUUCACCUGCUACAGGCCGCCCGAUUCUCACCGGAUGCCCAAGUCCAUGUUCAGCGAGUACAUCCAACUCGAAGAUCGAAUGGACAACGAAGGAAAGGCUCUGCAGGUCAAGAUCAUGGAGAGGUCCGGCUACAGCGAUGAGACCUAUAUCCCGCUCUCUCUCACCGAGAUGCCCGUGAAGAGAUGCUACUCAUCGGGACUAGAUGAGGCCUCCACGGUCAUCUUCUCUGCAGUCAGAGAUCUACUUGAGAGAACAAACACCAGCCCGAGAGCCAUAGAUAUACUGAUCAUCAACAACAGCGUGUUCUCUCCGACGCCUUCUCUUACGGCUAUGGUGAUUAACAGGUUCGGGAUGAGGAGCAACGUAAUGAGCUUCAACCUAUCAGGCAUGGGGUGUAGUGCUGGGAUUGUAUCGGUAGCUCUAGCAAGAGACCUGUUGAAGAUUCACAGGAACUCACUGGCCCUAGUCGUGAGCACAGAGGUGCUGAACGGGAACUGGUACACGGGCAAGAACAAAUCUAUGCUGAUAAGCAAUUGUCUCUUUCGAAUGGGCAGCGCAGCUAUACUUAUGUCGAGCAGAGGUCAGGACGAGGAGAGGGCUAAGUACAAAUUGAAAUACCUAGUUCGCUCGAAUAAAGCGAGAGAUGAUCAAUCUUACACUUGCGUGUACCAGGACAUGGACUCUGAGAACCAAACCGGGAUAUUACUCUCAAAGACCCUGGUAAAUGUAGCUGGGGACGCUCUAAAGACGAACAUGGCAAUCCUAGGAAAGCUGGCCCUGCCUUUGUCGGAGCAGCUAAGAUACGCUCAUUCAAUAAUCAGACAGAAAGUGAAAGGUGGGGGGAAAACAGGAAUCUACAUACCCAACUUCAAGAAGGCAUUCGAGCAUUUCUGCAUACACGCCGGAGGGAAAGCCGUGAUAGAAGCGAUAGAGAAGAGCCUGAAGCUGAGCCAAGAAGAUGUCGAAGCGUCCAAGAUGACUCUGUUCAAGUUCGGGAAUACUUCGUCUUCCUCCAUCUGGUAUGAGCUAGCUUACAUAGAAUCCAAAGGGAGGAUGAAGAUAGGCGACAGGGUAUGGCAGAUUGCACUCGGAAGUGGGUUCAAGUGCAACAGUGCAGUGUGGGAAUGCAUCAACACAGCAGGCCCCGACGUGGAGAACGUGUGGAAAGGCAAAUUUUGAAACCGACACCAUCUCAAAAGCAAUCUUCAAUGAG